AUCAUUAUAUCACAAAGGUGAGGUGGCAUUUCACCUCAUUCCACCUGUCUGACUCAAUUUUUAGAAUCACCAUAUUCCCAGCCCAGAUGGUAAACAAUCGCUGAGCGUUUAGUCAUCAGUUUACCUAACAUCAGAAUUAAACAAGUGUCGAUAUGAUCCAAAAAAUAGCUGUGAAAUACGGCCAAUCACGGGGUGAUGGCGCUUAUACAGGGCUCUGCUUGCAAACAGGAUAUCUCCCAAAGAGAUUCUUGUAUUUCACUGAAACUCUCAGGCCUGUUGGAAACUAGCCUGAUCAGAAGCUAUUUGAUUUAGGUGGUGUUCUGUUGGUCUGUCGUUUCCCCCAUUUAUUUUCAGUGGGCCACGUGUUACAGCCGAUGCUUUAUACAAUUGAAUCACUCUAAUUCAUCAUCUUUGCUGUGACUGUGGAGACAACACCUGGACGUACAGAUGAUCGGACGGUCUUCAGGGUUCUUUUUCUUUCCCCCACGUGUCUUUAAGGAGUGCUGUGACGCUACUGCCAUCUGCGUUUACUGCAUCCAGAAUGUCAAGAAUUAUACAGAAAAAAGUCAUUAUAAGGGCAACAAUAUUGGGUACAAAAAUUAACAGUGUGGCUGCAGAUAGAGGCUUGAGACCAGUUGGGGUCAGAGUGGAGGCCAUGCUGAUCUUGGACCACUGGAGUCUCACGUUUAAGAUUGCCCUCAAUCUCCUGAUGAUUCCAUCAUUUUCAUGAAAUACUUGCAGUUUAAUUUCAUUCUGACGCCAUGUCUUGUUCUCGCUGGGGUCUGUAUUGUUCUGGUACCUGCUGGGUUGGACUGCGGCUGCAGGCUCCUGGUACUGGAUCAGAGAAUAGACAGUCCAGGCACGGUCUGCUCUGGUGAUCCACAUCACAGCCGGGCCAAUGUGGGUCAUGAGGUCAGGCGAAAUGUUUGUCGAGCCAGUAUCAAGUUCAAGUGCUUUUUAUUUCUUAAUAGGAGGUGUGUUUAGCGGUUCAGUAUGAUGUGGCUCCGUGCUGGUGUGGGUUGAGAUGCCAUCUGUUGGCUUCCCGCGGUGCUGCUUAGAAACAAACCCUGCAAGUGACAUGAAUUAGCAGCCAAGUCUUUAGGGUGAGUCUGAAGCGACACACCUGAGUAUUGCUGAAGUUCUAAGGGGCGCCCCACUGUCGCAACACGAAAGACUGUGCUCACUUUUGUUGUGGCUCAACGUGUUGGGAGGCACAGACAGCAGUGAGAGAUGAUUCACCAUGUCAGCACUCCCUCACCGUCUGCUGCGCAGGACUCCAGUUAAGGAAGCCCAAGCCCACGUGCUCACACGGUCACCGAGUAGCUUCCUGAGCGCUUCCUACAUAUCCUGAGGAACCACAACCAGUAGAGGAGCAGCAUGACCAUCCAGUAACACACAUACGCCGCGAACCCGAACACCAGAAACCUGAUCUCCAUCUGCUUGGCUGGUGUGGUCCAGUCUACACGACUCUCCUUGUAGAUGGUGUAGCAAAACCCACCAAGCAAAAUGGCGGCCCACACCGACAGCGGCAAGAGCGGCAUGUAGUUGCCGACGAUCUUCUUCCUGCCUGAUGUCCCCCAGCUGCUCUUGGUCAUGGUGAGGAUGGCGAAGUACUUGGCCGGCAGGAGGCUGGUCAUGUACAGGGCGGAGUAGAGAGACAUGAACACCAUGACGACGUUUUGGCGCAGGAUGCAGGCGUAGGCGGCUUUCAGCAGCCCGAUCAGCUGGAUGCAGCACAGAACCCAGAGGAUGUCCCACAAGGUGCCUGUCCAGAAGAGCUGGAUGAUGGUGGCAGUCACGAAGAACGGGAAGACGCCCGAGACGAUGGACUCGUACGUCAUCCACAGAUGGUGCUUGUGCCACCACAUGGCAUUGUAGAGCCAUUCACGGAAGUAGGACUUGGUCCAGCGGGUCUGUUGGUUGAGCCAGCGCAGGAACUGAGCCGGCGUCUCAGUGUAGCAUUUGGAGCGAGCCGUAUACCUACGGAGAUGUGGGCGGAGCUUAAUGGAGGACAACUCAACAAAAGAAAGUGAGGUACUGACUUGGUGGCGUAGCCCAUGCUCAGCAUGCGGUUGGUGAGGUGCCGGUCGUCCCCAAACGUGCAGUGAGAGCCCAAGAACUUCUGAUUAUACCAGGACUCUAGGAACUGCUGGAGCAGGUCGUUUCGGUACAAACCUACAGCGAGGAGACGAUUAGGACCAUGAGAGAAGCUUGGAACAGACUCGGCGUGUGGAAGGUCUGCUCACCGAGAGGACCACUGAUGCAGGACACACAGUUGAAGAAGGACUGGCAGGAGCGCUCGAUGUUGAAGGCCAUCCAGUAGCGCAGACUGCUCAUGAAGCUGACGUAUGAGUCUUUCAGGUUGAGGAUCAUCACGUCGCCUCCAACGGCACCAUACUUGGAGUUGCUCUCCAGCACCUUGCACAGCUCCACCGUAGCCAGAGGGUCCAGCUUGGUGUCCGAGUCGCACACCUGUGGAAGGGGGGGGUGUUAUUUCCGGUCCUCUGGGGAGCGGGGUUUGUGAAUGCCAAGCAAGCGCACCUGAAUGUAGUCGACGGACGAGCCCAGAGCUUUGAAGGCGGUGUACAUCACCUCCCGCUUCCCGCCCCACUUCUGCAUGAUGCACACGCACCUCUGGGUCUGAAUGAGACGCUCCACCUCUCUCCGCUGUGGAUCUUCUCCCUCAGUGUAGUCAGAGGGUUCUUUUCCUGGGGAGGCCUCUGCGUCCUGCUGCACCUGGGUGGGGUCCCACGUGUGGUAGUUGUUGUCCCACACGAAGCAUCCAGGGUCCUGGUCGCUGAAGACCUCCCUGAACAUCUCCAUCAUGUACCGAUCGUCCUCCGAGUUCCCAUCCACCACCAUGAUGAUGCGCAGCAGCUCCGGAGGGUACUUGAGCGCUCGGAUGGAGUUGAGGCACUCCCGGAGGUAGACUGGGUCCUCCUGGUAGGCCGAGAUGGUGAAGCCAAUGGUCUUGGUGAAGCUGCAGGCCUCCGUGCGAGCUUUCAUCCGCCGGUGCUCAAUGAAGGCAAACAGGCUCUGGAUCAGCACGUGCAGCGCAAGGAGGAGUCCGUAAAAGCCAAAGGAGAUGAUUCCAUAGGCAGAGGUGACCAGCUGGAACCCAGCCACGUACGCCCAGACCAUCACCGCCAGGACCACCAGAGCGAAGAUGAAGGGGUCAUCGCUCAACCGAAGUGUGGCGGAGUUUCCCGAGCAUUCACGAAAUGUCCCGACAGCGGCAUGUGAGUGUUAUUUUAUUUUAAAUACAUAUGUGCCACAUGCUUUUCAUUAAUCUAUUUUUCUGACAGAAAAGUUAUCCAAGAUUUUUUUUUUAAUGUUUUUUUUUCUAAUAGGAAACGCACCUUUUCCCCAAGAUGUUUUUGGAAAAUUGUUUUCCCCCGUUUGACCACCAAGAAUCCCAAUGGUGGAUUACUGAGAUGGAGGUCGACUAUGGAGCGAAGUAACAUGACGCUUCUGGUGUCAAUCUGGGGGAUUAUAUUAUUAAGAUGAAGCUAAAGAGCUGCUUGACUCUUGACCUCUUCACCACCAAAAUUGCCUUCUGAGUAGCCACUUGAUUUGGAAAAUAUAUCAGUCACUUGAAAUUCCAGCGUAAGAGAUGUUGAAAAGAGUGGUAAGAUUUUUUGUGUUUUUCUGCUCACUCCUUGAUCUGGGACACCUGUUAGACAAACACACCCUGUGUUUGUCUAACACUGGUCAAAUGAAGUUAGGAGGCGAGUAAAUGAACUGGCAGUUCGGCUGAAAAAUGUGUGCACGGUUUUCCAGUGAGUCUCUGUUGGAAAUGUCUUCAGUGUUCUGGCGACGCUUCAGGUUUACAUGUGGGUGUUUAAUUUUGUUUUCUGGGUGAAGGCUUUCAUCGGCGCUGCACAACCCUGGGUUUUAACUUCACAACAUCACCCGGCAGUUUGUUCUCCAGCCAGCAGAUCUGGUGGCCACUCACCAGGGUCCCCACCCUGAACCACAGGGGCCGGACAACACUGCCAUGUCUGACAUAAAUAGAAGCCACCAGGAAACUGAUGUCAUGAUGGGGACUGGUUGGAGCUCGCCACUGCAGACCAGCUUCUUCAGUCCGACAUCUAUAGCUGGAGUUCAAAAAUACGUUGUUAAUAUUUUUUUAUUAGCAGUUUUUUAAAUCAGUUUUAUCCAUUUUCAGCCUGAUAACAAUAUAUCGAUGGUAAUGUAAUUGUCCUUAUGGCCACUAGGUGGCGAACUAUAGCCGACAGACAUUUCAUUUCUUAAAGUUCGUUUAUUCCGCACCUAGUGACACAGACGGCGAAAUAAAGAUUUAUAUUAGUAUUAAUCAUGAGUUCUAGUCAGUCUAGUUUUAUGGGUAUUUAUUCAUUGAAUUUAGAAAUCAUUGAAUUAAACAAUAAUGAAAUGGCCCUCAGGGAUCUGGAUCUAAUAAGUUAAUGAUGGACAGAUGCAUGGACAGAACAUGGGUGUGUCAUGUAAUAAUAUGAAUUUGUCAUUAUUGUUUUUGUAACGUCCCACCCACCCAGAAAAUAGGGAACAAGAAACUUGGACCAGCUGUGGUGCGACGACGUCUUUAUUCAAUAAUUCUUCCAAAGAGACACCAAAAAUAGGAGAUAAUUUUUACUUUGCGAGGAGAAACAAUAGUGUGUGUGUUCUUGUACUUCUAUCUUUGUGAGGGCCUGUAUGAGUUUUUAAUCAACAGAGUGAGGACAUUUUUGCAAAGUGAGGACAUUUUGGCCGGUCCUCACUUUGCCAAGGCUCAUUUUGAGGGUUAAAACUACAAAAUAGCUGGGUUACUAUAAUUGGUUUUUAGUUUGGUUCCCGAGUAAAGGUUAAGUUUAGUCAUUUGUUUUACAUGGUUAGAUUUAGAGUGAGAGGCUGGGGAAAGGGUGAUAUGGCAAUGUACGUCUAUGACGGUCCUCACUAAGAUGGGAAGACAAACGUGUGUGUGUGUGUGUGUGUGCAGAGAGGAAGGGUGGGGUUCAAACCCAGCUGCCAAAUAAGAGAAUUUGGCAUUUUAUUGCAUUUCCAGUAACUCGGUGGCAACUCACGUUGACCUGCCUCCAACAUCUGCUUUGAAAUGUUGAUCACUUUGGUCCAGAUUUUUCACCAGUUCAUCAUCCACCACUCGGGUCUGGUCUGCUGCAGCGCUGAUGCUGGGCCUCACCGUCAGCGAGAAAACCACAUGAAGAGGUCGGGAGGGAAGUGAAGAGGGUGAGACACUCAUGCUUGACCUUGGCAGGUCGCUGGCCCGAGCCGGUCCUCGGUGGACGAUGGCUUCAUCUUUCUGCUGCCUGCCAGAGGUCAGCUGCUCCAGGACCCCAUCGUUCUCCUCAGCAGAAGGAUCAACACCUUGAAGAUCUCAGAACUGAUGAUGGUGGAACUUCUUCUCACCCACGGUGACGGAAACAUAAACACUCUGGAGAUGUUUCUCAGAGAAACGUCAUGUGCUCUAGUGUGAGGUGUCUACAGCUUGGACACAUGGAGAGGAGGUGGAGAAGAAGACCACAGUGGUUCAGGGGAUGUGGAGAGUGGUGCCCAAGUGUUAAUGCUACCGAUGGAAGUCAACUGAGUUAGCUUUGAUCCCAGCAUUUCACAAGGAAGGGUGAGCGUGCCUACGUUUUGGAAGCCUCUUUUUGUUCGCCGUGAUGCAAGAGACUGUUGUGUCUGGUGAGUCCAUGGGCGUUUCCAUGGCGUCACAGGUGGGAUCAUGGUUUAGAAAUGAGAACAAUCUUUUGAGCCUCAGAGAAAUUCAGUAGGUGCCGUGACGAGGCGACCAAAGAUGGACUGAGAAAAUCUUCCUGGAAAACCUCCAUUAUUUCAUCUUGUUUUCAGCUUGGCUGUUAGCAUCAACAGAAAUGAGUACGUCUGGGUUUCACCGUCUGGUCAUAUGAUCAGUUCUGAUCCGAGUUGUUUACGCAAACAGGAGUCACUAAGUAGAUGGUGAGAAGAUUUGGCAGGUGACUGGAACAUCAGCGUUCUCAGAGUAAAAACAUAUCAUCGAAGCUGAUCCGCGCAGCUGAGAAACACUCUCUCGCGCCGCGUGAGAGUGAGCUCAUUGUGCCGCUCCCGUGUGGAGCCGUGGCUCGCAGCACAAGACACCAGUGCCAGCUUCAGCCUGAAUAUGAAAUCAUUGUUUUGCUCUCUUUUCUUCUCACUUCCCUUUUCUCCGAACAUUAUGAAAUUUUUACUGUUGUUACAGUUCAUUUUUAGAUUUGUUUUGUUCAGCACGCUUUUCGUCUCCGUAUGAGUCGUGUUUUUUUAAAUGUCAUUUUUUGCCAUUUACUGAUGGUUUCCUUCCAAUUACUUUCAUUAAUAUUUGUUUUACAGGAUUAUUGAUUCAAUGAUUUUUAUAUAUAUAUAUAUAUAUAUAUAUAUAUAUAUAAAAUACAUUUUACUUAUUUUUUUUGACUCUUCAAACCCAGUUCAACACUGAUGAAAAAAUAUAGACUAAAUUUCUUAAAUAUUUAUUAUCUUGUUUCCGUCGCUCUUAUCUAGCGCCAAUGCUAAUUCCGAGCAAUGCAAUAGAGCGAACGGUUGACAUGUCACGUGGGUGAGAUGGAGCGAUCUGUGCGCCGCUGUGUAUCAGCACCAGAAAGGAAAAACACUCUAAGCAUUUAAACAAACCCCGUAAUUAGACAGACUUUGGUCUCUCAACAUUCCCAUCCAGCUCAGGCAAGUCGCUGCCUGACGCACACACACAUCUGCCUCCAACCUCACUCCGACUUUGGUAGCAAAUCAAAUUUAUAUCACAAGCAGAUCUGGACGCUGAUGUCUUCUUCCACUCGGCUUGUGUGACAACAGCGAACGUCACAGCCACUUCAAAUGUCCUUUAUUGGAUUUCAAAAGGCAACGGAUUAGCCAGGGCUGUCUGUAGUCAGAGACACACCAGUGUGAAAAGACCCUUCCUUCAGUGAGGAUGUGUGAGAUGAGAUUGGUUUCGCCAGCUGCCUUUCCUGUUCAUUCCUUGGUGCUGAAAAUACUCAGACGGCGGUGGGACUGUGUCAGAGAGGGUUCUGCCAGCCUUGUUUGCUGCUGCUUAUUCACUGUGCAGAAGGAGCUCUGCGGUGGAGGGAAGGGACCAGAGCAAGGAAGUGGUUGAGGUUUUUUUUCCCCAUGUGCGGUGUUCGUCAUGAAAAAAAAAAACACAGAGAGAGGAGGGCAACGGCUGCUGGCAGGGCUUUUGACUGUGAAAACAAAAUUCCUGACCUCUGCCGCCGGACCGGGCUUGGAUUUCCAGGCAGCACCACAAAAAGAUCAACAAACCUGUGAGGCUGCCACAGAUUCUGGUCUCAGGUUUCUCUCUGUACCAAACUGUAGACAGUGCUGUCGCCUCAUGGCUUCACCGGAAUACUGGCGGUGACGGUGGGGAUCUGAGGGGCGUCGUGACGUCACGCUGGUGUAGUAGCAAGCGCUCCGUGACAACCACAGCAACAUCUGUCUUUGCUAUUAGCGUAAAUAUGGACAUGGAAUAUUGAAUUGAACUACAUACUUGAAAGCUCUUGGUCAUAAACCCAGUGAGCUAGUCUCCGCUCCCUGAACAUUUUGGAGCUGGACCAUCAAAGCAUUUCAUCAGUUUUUGCUCCUCUACCUCCUGAGGACAACAACACUCUGAGCUUAUCUUGUGGCCUUAUGGCUGAAUCCAAACAGUAAAGUCUUUAUUUCUCAUCUCUUUUCUUGAGGGUCACCGGACCAAGCUGCAGAACAUCUCCACCCUGAAUGGACCUGGUGAGAAGCAACCUGGUUCUGAAAGGCCAUAUUGUCUUGAAGGUCUUGUUUUUACCGUGGCACAUCCCAGUCCUGACUGGUAUCAAGCAGUUUUCUUGAUAGGGAAAGUAUAGGUCCUCACCCAAGUCCCCCCAAAGUUCUUGUCUUUGCCUCAACUCCAAGUCAACAAGACUUGAGCUCAGUUUCUUGACUGCAUUUUCCCAAAUGUUGUGUCUUUGUCUUAACCCAGAUCAGACUUGGUCUCAAGGUCAGUGAUCUUGACAAGCACUGCACUUGACUCAGGACCCUUGUUAUUCCCCCUCCUAGUUUUGCCUUCUUCUCAUUCAGCCUCUUAACUCCUUGGAUACUUUAUCUACCUUGAUGUCUGGGUCCUGGUUUGUAUUAAACCACAGACUUGGUCCUCCUGCAUCGUUCUGUCUGGUUUCGUCCUCUUUCUCUAAGCCCUCUCUUCUUGUUGAUGCCCCCCUCCUGGUUUUGCCCGAGUCCUGAUGCGACCCCUAAAGUCCUGGUUCUGUGUCGACCCAAAACCCCCCAGCACCAGGCCUCAGGUGUUCCCACCAAACCGACUGGUGUUUGUUUCGCCAAACCGAACCGGGACAGAGCAGUGGGACGUCACGACCAAGUUACACACAAACAGGUAUCGUGUUGGAGCGCUGUGUUUCGGUGGGUUUUCCCCCACCUCCUCCUCAUCUUCUGCCAUCAGAAAUAAUCAUCUCCCCGACUUCAUCUAAACCACCCGCCCCCUCCGCCUGAACCCAAAUUCCCUUCAAACCUCAGCGGGUUGUUCAACACGCCCAAAUUGGUAUUUGCGCCGCGCACACAUAAUUGCAGCUUUGCUUGGUAAAUCCAGACCUCUGGCUCGACGUCAGCUCUGAAGGCUUCCCUCAAACUACAGCUUUGGCCCGGCUAUUAAUAUCCCCUGCAGACGCCAGAGCACAGCCUCUCCACGCUGCACACUGGAUGAGGGAGAGUGGAAGGAAAGUUGCAGAGAAGCGGGUCAGCCUGCUGUCGGGCCCAGUCUCCUCUUCUGUUGCAGAAUCUCCUUGGAAAAAGAAAGACAAAUGAAGCGUCCCACGCACAAGUGAGAGCGUCGGUGGACACACACCCCACCCCUCCUCUUUAGUUCCUGUCUUCCUCCCCCUCACAUCUGGACCACUGGCAGCUCUCGGUUCCAGUGUGCUUGUGUUUCAGCAGGGGACUCGAUGUUUGGAUCGAGGUCUGGUUUGCUGCUGCAUCUCUGACACCAAGGCAGGAACCUCUGAGCAGCUUUCACUUUCUUCCAUUGACUCCCUGGAUGGCGUCGCUGGAAACUACCUGAGCUACUGGAGUCAGAGGAAGGAAGCCCCCAGACAGGGGUCAAAACCGGACUCGGGUUUCCCUCUCACACCCGGGAGACACAGGCUGACACAGAGCUGCCUUUCCUUUCUUCUGAGGAGGACUUGUUGAGCUGGGACGGGAAGAUGUAUGAACGUGCGGGCAGCCAUGCAUCCAGGCCGACCACGCUGGAGGAAAUGGGACCACAAAGGCCGACUCCAGCGCUGAGCCUCUUUCCCACACUAAGUGUGACGUUACCGCGACGUUCUGAGUGGAUUCAGUCCAUCCAGCCAUCUGUUUUCAUCUGCUUCAACCGGGACACAUUGGGAGAUAAGAAGCAGCCCAGAUCUGCCAGGUCGGACUUGGAUCCUCCUCCCAGGGGCGCGUCGACAUCAGGAGCGUCCGACGGCAGAGACGCGAUUGUCUCCAGAAACAAAGAGGGGAGAAACUUCUGUGGAGAGGAUUGUUCGUCCUGCUGCACCAUCACUAGAGAACCCGAAUUUAAACCGGGUCCAAAGACCAUGAUGGAUCCAGCGACCGUGACCCCGUUCUUCUUCCCCAACGCGACAGAUGGGAUGGGGAAGAACAACUCUUUGUACGACGACGAGGAGUACGACUACAAGGACGAGCACGCCGAGCUGCGGCAGUCGCUCAACAUCAUGUCUCUGAUCGUCUACUGCCUGGCCUUUGUCCUGGGCGUCCUGGGCAACGGCGUGGUCAUCUGGGUGACCGGCUUCAAGAUGAAGAAGACCAUCAACACGGUGUGGUUUCUCAACCUGGCGGUGGCCGACUUCCUCUUCACGGCCUUCCUCCCUCUGAGCGUCACCUACACCGCCAUGGAUUUCCACUGGCCCUUCGGCAAGUUCAUGUGCAAGCUCAACAGCGCCAUCAGCUUCCUGAACAUGUUCGCCAGCGUCUACAUCCUGAUGGUGAUCAGCGUGGACCGGUGCAUCUCGGUGGUCUGGCCGGUCUGGGCUCAGAACUACAGAAGCGUGCGCAAGGCGUCCUGCGUGAGUCUGGGGGUCUGGGCUCUGGCGCUGGUCCUCAGCGCCCCCUACUUCGUCUUCAGGGACACCGGCCCGUCCUACAACAACGAAGACAUCAUCAACUGCUUCAACAACUUCGCCUUUGUGGACGACGACUACGACGCUCCUCAUGUGAUCGAGCUGGGACUCUUCCGCCACCAGGCCAUGACCAUCACCCGCUUCCUGCUGGGCUUCGUCGUCCCCUUCACCGUCAUCGUGUCCUGCUACGCUGUGAUCAUCCACCGCCUGCGGAGGAACCGCACCCUGGCCAGCCACUCCAGCCGCCCCUUCAAGAUCAUCGCCGCCGUCAUCACCAUCUUCUUCCUCUGCUGGGCGCCGUACCACAUCAUGGCGCUCAUCGAGCUGGUCCACCACAUGUCGCACCCCUCCAGCGAGACGCUGGACCACGUCAUCACCAUCGGCGUGCCCAUCGCCACAAGCCUGGCCUUUCUCAACAGCUGCCUCAACCCUCUGCUCUACGUCUUCAUGGGUCAAGACUUUAAGGAUAAAGUUCGCAAAUCCAUCCUGAAUGUUUUGGAGAGCGCCUUCCAGGAGGAGGUGUCGCGCUCGUACACGUACACAAACUCAAUGAUGACCAGCCGAAGCAAAGAUAAGUCCGUGUCCGACGCCGAGGUGUGAACCUGCCCGACACAAACUGUUUCAUUUCAUAGCAAGUUGUUUAGUUUAGUGCUGGGUUUCCCCCGAAAAUCCAUGUGUCAUGGUGGGUGCAGGCGUCGGACCUCGUCAUGAUGCAGACUGUGUUCCGUCAAGUUCAUGAGGGGGUUCGAUUAUGGGUGUGUUGGGGGGUGAAGGAAAGCCUGAGAGGUGUUUGUGUCCUGCUGUCGGCUCACUAAAGUGGUGUCAAAGAACCUACGGCGGCGGGAAACCCGGAAGUUCUCGACUUAGUCAACUGUUUCACAAGCAAAUGCAGAGAAUAAAAGGGAUUUUCAUUUGAAUUUAAAGAAUCUGAAUUUGGCUUCAGGGCUCUGGCACGGUAUAUGAGACCUUGCUUUGGAUCCUGGCUGUGAGCUGGUGAAUAUCACUCGGUCUGAAUCCCGCAGAUCGAGGUUCUCAAAAUCCAGGCCACAAACAAACUAUACCAGACAGGACUGAGACAGGGGUCAAGAGGUCAGUGCCCGGGGACAGAUGACCCGGUGUGGUGUCGGGGGGGAAGAGCCAGGUCAACAGGGUGACAGGAGGGUUUAGUUUUCAGUUCCAUUCAGUCCCUAAACAGGUCUAAUAGUCUCAAUAAUAUUCUUACUUCUCAAUAAUCACUACCGUUAUUACCGUUUGUUUUUCCUCAUCUUGCUUUUUAUUAACAGAUGAAUCAUCAUGGAUGUAUUGCAGCUGCUGCACGUCUGAGUCUGAGCUCAUGGUUACGCGCCUCUCACUAUCUCUCUCAACUGCAGGAUUCUUCUCGCAGUAAUUCAUGUCUGCAGCCAUGAAUCUGACUCACGCCGUGACUCCUAUAUAAUUAGUCCUGGAGAAGAGUUGAUGUCUUUUAAUAGCAGAUCUGAAGAUGUAUUUAUUUUUGGGCGGGUCUCCCUCAAAGCAGUUGCCAUCUUCUUGUUUUAUAACUCAGCUUUUUUUUUAAUAUUUGCAAUCACUGUUGUAUCCCAAUUGUAGUCGCUCAGUACAUGUAUUUCCAUGUAUUUUGUGUAGAACUGUCACAUAUUUUCAUGGAACGUUGUUGACUUCCUAUGUGUGUGUUUUUGUGAAUAAUAAUUUUGAGCUCAUUUGCGAGUAUUACACUUUGUUUUUACCGAAAAAUGUCUCGCACUUUAGUGAUACAGAUCAUCACGCCGGUUCCCUGUUUUUGUUUUGAACAUAACCACUUACCAUCACCCUUUAGGUUAGAUUAGAUUAGAGUACCUUCAGUAAAGUCAGCGCUUCAUGCAGAGGGUCAGCAGCAGGCUCCAUUACUGCCCUUUGAACUCCUCUCUUGAGGUCUGGUUUUUCGGGGCGACCUUGUCCUGUUCGUGGAAGCACCGCAGUUCAAACGAAACCGUCAAUUCAAGUAACAUUGAGUCACAGACCCCCUUCCUUCCUCAUUCCAUGGGAUUAAUAAAGUUUUUUCUCAUCCUGAUUCUGCACUUGUCACAGUGGAAUUGCACAGCUUCAUGGGUGGAAACUGAAGCCUGACUCCAACGUGGGCGAAUUGGUGAUGUUUGACUUUUGAGUGGCUGUUUGUGCUCACGCAAGCCUUCGAUGGUGCCUGUGAUAAUGUGUGGAAACGCCUUGUGCUGAAGGAAACGCGUUUCAUUUCGCAGUGUCACAAUCAAUGUGGAAAUCUGAUGAAACAGCGUUCGCUCACCGGUUUGUUUUCCAAUUUAGGGGUCAGACAAUAAACAUACGAAGCUUAUAAAAGGCAUCAAAAUACAGUUCUGUUGUGUUAA